AUGUCUGAGGUCACCAAGCCCGUUGAAGAGACUCCUGUCGCUGCUCCUGCAGUCGCCGAGCCAGCACCCGCUGCUGAGCCUGCUGCUCUGACGGAGAGCAAGCCCGAGGCUGUGGCUGAUACUGCCGCUGCCCCCGAAACAACUGCUGCUGAAGCGCCUGCUGGAGAGACUGCUGCGGCGGAGCCUGCAAAGGAGACUGAGACCACCAAGGCUGAAUCUGAGCCUAUUACAGAGGGAAAGCUGGGUUACAAGGCCCCUGGCCUCGUCAAGAGCCUAAUCUUUUCGAAACGUUUCUUCUGGUUUGGCGACGAGGCUGUUUCCCCUCAGAACCUUCACAGCUAUCUCCGCGGAGAGAAGCCCGAGGUUGCCCACCACAAUGCUGCCUGGUCAAGCCAGACCGGCAAGGGCCUCCUCUUUUUCACCAAGCACGCUGACUCCAAGGCCAGUCCUGCCGGCGUCAUCAACCUUGCCGAUGUCUCUGAUGUCACCAAGGAAGGCCCCAAUGAGUUCCAUCUCAGACUCCAUGGCCACAAGCACACUUUCCAGGCCGCUACUUCUGCUGAGCGUGAUAGCUGGGUUUCCGCUAUUGAGGCUAAGUCGGCUGAGGCUAAGACUUCUGUCGACAGCGUGACUGGCAGCGCAGGCUACAAGGAGCAAAUUGAGAAGCUCAGCAAGCCCACCGCCGCCGUUGGCGCGGCCGCUGCCGCUACAAAGGCGGAAUCGUCCACUCCUCGCAAGAGCACCGAUGCGAAGGAGCAAGAGGGCGUGAAGAAGGACAAUGCUUCAACCAGCAGCAGCUCUUCCGAGGACGCCGAAGGAGCCAAGAAGAAGAAGCAGAAGAGCCGCUCCGUCUCCCGCAAGCGGGGAAGCAUUUUCGGCGCCAUCCUGAACAAGAAGGAUGAGGUCGAGGAAAAGAAGGAGGAAAAGAAGGAAGAAAAGGCUGAGGCGAAGGCUGAGAAAAAGGCCGAAAAGGAGGAAAAGAAGGAAGAGAAGGCUGAGGAGAAGGCGGAAGAGAAGGCUGAAAAGAAGGAGGAGCGGGAGGGCGCGAAGUCUGUUGAGCCUGCUCCCCUCGAUGCCCCCGCAGUUGCUGCCCGCGCUGUUGGCGAGCCCGUUGUCCCUGCCGAGGAAUCCAAGAAGGAGACCGCUGCUGAGGCUCAGUCGGCUGAGGCUGUCCCUGCCAGUCGCGAGAACGCUCCCAAGCCCUCUAAGCGGGCAUCCCUUUUCGGCUCUCUCUUCCAGAAGAAGGAGGCCGAGAAGAAGGAAGCUGCAAGUCCCGCAGAGGAGAAGAAGGCCGAGGAAGUCGCACCUGCUGUUCCUGCCAAGGACAUUGAGGAACCCAAGGAGACGCCGGCCCCAGCGACUACCGAGGAGACCGCGGCUGAAGUCCCGCCUGCUGCUCCCCCAAAGGACGCCGCCGCUGAGCCUGCCACUACUGCCAGUCCUGCAGCUGGUGUCACCCCCACCAAGGAAAAGGAGAACUUCUUUGGAAAGUUCUUGAAGAAGGAGAAGAAGGAGGAACAGGUCGCUGCUCCCGCUGCCAUCGCUGAGGAGGCUCCUGCCGCCCCCACCACCAACGGCGAGACCACCGAGACUGUUGAAGCUCCUGCCGCGGCGUCCGCCACCCCUGCUGCCGCCGAGCCUGCCAAGGAAGUCAAGGACAAGCGUCGCUCUUCCUUUUUCGGUAAUCUUGGCACCAAAAAGGAGAAGAAGGCCGACGUUCCUUCUGACUCUGAAGCCGUCGAAGGCGAGAGCAAGCAGAAGACUGCUUCAUUGCCUAAGAUUGGUGAUCUUUUCCGUAAGCCUAGCCGCGCUGUGAAGGGGCAGAAGGAGACCAAGAAGGAAGUCUCCAGCCCCGCUACUGUUGAGGAGGGCAAUGAAGUGCCCACCACAGAGACCGCAGGCAAGGCUGCCGCUCCUGCUACGGAAACUCCGGCCGCCACCGAACAGCCUGCCGCCUCUCUGCCCGCGACCACGGAACCUGCUACCAACGGCACCUCUGCCGAGUUGGCCCCUGAGCCCGCUGCAGUCGCCAAGGAGCAGAGUCCUGCUCCCGUUCAGGCUGCCGCUUAA